AUGCGGAACAUUGUUCCAUUCUGGGAGACAUGCAGAGGCAAUGUCUCCCAGAAUGAGACACUGCGACCGACAGGAGUGCACAAUACACUCUUGUCGGUCAAACUUCCGCGUUCAAGUUAUCAAUGCGGAACAUUGUUCCAUUCUGGGAGACAUGCAAUGUCUCCCAGAAUGAGACACUGCGACCGACAGGAGUGCACAAUACACUCUUGUCGGUCAAACUUCCGCGUUCAAGUUAUCAAUGCGGAACAUUGUUCCAUUCUGGGAGACAUGCAGAGGCAAUGUCUCCCAGAAUGA